GGCGCCAUUUCACUCUAGCGCGCGGUUGAUGAUGUCAAUGCGCCGUGUUUCCCCCGUCCAUUGCAAUUUCAUCACAACUUUACGGAGCAUAAACAACGUCAAGUCGCGAAAUUUGAAGGCACACAGGCGUCUGGAUAUCAACCCAAAAUGUCGAAAACUACGGACAGCAUCUCGUCGACUUGUGUGUUGUGCUGCGGCAGUAUUAAGUAUUACGCCGUUGGACAGUGCAAUCAUCACAUCUGUUUGAAGUGUUCCACGCGAAUGCGGGUGUUGUGUGAGCAGCGGUACUGUGCCGUCUGCCGGGCCGAAAUGCCCAAGGUCAUAGCCACCGCUAAGCUGCAUCCUUUCGAUGGCAUCAUAUCCCAUAAGUUCCCUAUAAACCGCAAGGCAGGCAUUGCCUUUGCUACGUCCAAGAUUCAGGAUGAGUUCCGUCGUCUGCUCUGGGAAGUCUGCACUUUGUGUCCACUCCGUCCGCCUGAAAAGUCCUGCAAGGAUUUACAGGACCACCUGCGGAGAGAACACGAGUUGUUCUACUGUGAGUUGUGCAUCAAACACUUGAAGGUGUUUUCCUUUGAGCGUAAGGCUUACUCCCGCAAGGACCUAGCUUUGCACCGGCGCAAGGGGGAUGGCAAGGACACGUCAUACCGCGGUCACCCUCUCUGCGAGUUCUGCGAUGAGCGGUAUUUCGACAACGACGAGUUACUGCGGCACUUGCGGCAGGAUCAUUACUACUGUCAUUUCUGCGAGGCCGACGGCGUCAGCAAUCAAUAUUACCAUGAUUACGACAAUCUGAAGGAGCAUUUUCGUGAGCAGCAUUACCUCUGCGAGGAGGAUCGUUGUUCCCAAGAGCAGUUCACUCACGCCUUUCGCUCCAGCAUCGACCUCAAGGCGCACCGGGCCACUGCCCACAGCAAUCAGAUGUCUCGAGCUCAGGCUCGGCAGAUGAGGCAGAUUGACGUGGAGAUUAACCUUCCACCUAGACCCUCCGAAAGAGGUGGCGGUGGAGGUGGCCCAAGUUUUGGCAAAGGACGAGAGAGACGUUACCAUGGGAACAGGGAUGAUGGCCUCUCCACUGCCAUCCAGGCCUCCAUGGAGACGAAGAAAAGAGAGAUGGCAGAGCAUCGGGAUGCAAGGAGGCAAGAACGGGAGGACCGAGAUGCCCGAAGGACCAAAGACAAACCGCAGCCGAAGAAGAAAUCGGCAGCCAACGCUGAACCAGAGCCUGAUAGAGACGGCACUGGAGAGGAGGCUAGCAGUGAUGCGGUUGCUAUGGAAACUGUAGCCAAGGAGGCGGGGAUAGAUGAGACGAGGUUGCAAAAAAAGGGUGGGCGGGCGUCGCCCCAGGUGGAGGAAGCAAAGACAGAGAUCAAGGAGGAAAUGCGGGCACCAUCAUCGAAAAACACUGAGUGCUUAGAGGAUGAAAAUGGAAAUCGGAAAGCUGACACUAAUUUGCCGCAACCAGUUGAGACAGAUACACAGACUGGUAAGAAGAAAAAGAAAAAGAAAGGCAAGGGUGCAUCAGACAAAAAUGAAAAUAGUAGUGAAAACGAGUCUUUGUUGAGCGUUCCAAAGCCCUUAGACAACAAACCAAUGGAGACUUCUCAUCAAUCAAGUGAUGCGAAGGCUGAAGUGCAUCCUCCAAAGCCAGUGACAAGGAUGUCCUCGGGUGCAAAAGUUGAGGAUUUCCCGGCAUUGAUGAAAACCUCAACUCCAGCGAAUGUUGGUACUACUGGUGCACCAGGUGGUUUCAACUUUUACUCGGCCCUGCAGAAAAUGGACACUCAACCCAAACCUCAGCAUCAGCCUGUUGCGGUACCAGCACAGCGAUCGUUUAAAAACAGGGAGGAGGAUUUUCCAACCCUGAGCUCCAUUGCCGGAAUUCUGGGAGUAGAAGCCGCACCCAGCAGGACUACGCCCACCUUUAAAACUAAGACCACACCUGCGUGGGCCACUCCCAAGGACAAGUCAGCUGCCAUGCCCACCGAAGCCAAACCUGUUGCUGGAAAGUCGAAAAAGAAAGGGAAAAAAUCUUCCAAAGAGAAUCCAGACAUUGGGACAAGUAAGCAGAAUCCAAAAGCUCCACCAGGUUUUGACAUUGCCAAGAAAGAAGCCAAACCUAAGGAAAGCCAGGCAGUUGCUCCUCAGAGAAUACCCCCUGGCUUACCCCCGGGACUAGCUCCAAAAGGUCCUGCUGCCUCGCAGGCUCGGCCGGUUUCAGCGGCACCACCCGUUUCAGUGGCACCACCUGUUUCAGUGGCACCGCCCGUUUCAGUGGCACCGCCCAAACCGCCAGCAGCCUCCCAUCCAGUCAGCCCGCCGCCAGGAUUCGGGGUUAGUUUCCACAUGCCAAACCCAACCCUCCCGCCUGGGUUCAACGUCUUUGUACCGCCCACCGAUUUCCAGGAACGCAACUUGCAACUAGCCAAAAAGAUCAAAGCUUUCCUUGGGCAUCAAGAGGCCAAAUUUGACAGGUUCCGAUCCAUCUCCAGGAAGUUCCGCGACGGUUCAAUGAUGGCUGCUGAAUACUACUACGAGUGUCAAUCUCUGCUUGGCCAAAACCUCCCACUGAUCUUCAAUGAGCUGGUGAGCCUACUGCCGGAUUUUGUCAAGCAGCAAGAAUUGAUAUCCGCUCAGAACGAUGCCAAAUUUCAAAGCAAGCCCCGGCAAGACAACAGCUCCCUCGCUGGCGAGAAGACAGAACCCGUGAGGGCAAAGGGCAGAGGUCGGGGGACAGGGGCAUGGAAGGGGACGAUUAAUGCUGCCAGCUCUUGCCCACAGUGUGGACAGGUCAUCCAGCGAUCAGAGCUAGAGGCUCACCUUAACAUGCACAAGGAGUUCCCGUCGCUGUCUGCUAACGCUGUUGGUAAGCGACAGCCAAUAACUGCUGCUGCACCAACAUGGCCGCGAUUGAAGUAAAUUAGGAGUAGGAAAAACUGCUUACCAAAUUUAUGUGCUAAGCGGGAACUUUACUAAAAGCUGUCACAAGCGAUGUACAGUGUGUGGAAUUUUGGCUGGUAAACUACCUUGGCUAAGCUACGCAAAUAAGUUGUACGCUUAAUAAAUUUCCAUUCUUGGCAGCUCAAGAAAAUAUUACAACCUUCUGCUAUCUGUCUUCUACUGCCACAUUUACCAUAUUAUCCAGUUCUAUCCUGUUUCACAAUGUGCAAAUGUCAAACAUGAAACAUUGUAGUCUGUAUUUGACUAAUUUUUUAAUCUGAUUCUCUAAAAGAAAAAUAAAUAUCUGUAUAUUUGUUUAUUUACACUUUUGAUUUUGAGCAACAUUAUAGGAAACGUUGGGUCAUGUGUAGGCGUUGCAUUAGAACCGGGUAUCCAAGUGCCCAACCGCUGAUGUCAGGAACCGGUUCAAAAUUGACCAGUAAUCGACUUUACAAAUUACUUAGUAACUUCUCAGACAAUGAAAAAGAAAGGUUUUGAAUGCCAUUUGUGGCAAAUUUUCAAAAUGAAAGCCAGGCUACAUGGAAAACCAAAGAAAUUUCACCUUCAGACAACUCUUGGGAUUUGAAUUUUGGGUUGGGUUUCUAUUAUGGGUACCAUGGUACCCAUGUUUUACUUCAAUAGGGUGCCGGGUAAAUGCACAGCACUAGUCGUGGGUUCAUUUGAGAUAUUUACAAUUCCUUCAGAAUGAUUGAAGAUGUCUCAUUUAACUUGAAUCACUCCUCACAUGAAAAGCUGUUUGAGUUGGGUGAAAAAUCAAAUGAUAUAUGCCUUUGAAACAAAUAUGUUUAGUAUUCAUAAUUACCGUGAACAAACUUAUAGUUUUCCUUUUGUAUAACAAUGGUCUAAAUGUAAAUGUAUUUGGCUUCAUAGUGUAGGUUUUUAAGAAAGAAAAACAACAAAUACUUUGAGAAAUGUUCUAUGUUUUCACCUUUUUCGUUUGGAAAGGAACAUUGACAGCAAGUACUUUUGUGUAGAUGCAAGGCAUAAUUUUUGUUUCUUUAAAAUUGUAGUAUUAGAAGAUUAUGACUGAUCUUGGUAAUUUAUUUCUCUAAGUGGGCAAUAUAACUACAUGUAAAAUUGGUUUUGAAAAUGAUGUACAUUUGUCUAGGUGAACUUGUAUUAUUCUUUUAUGAAUAAAGCUAUAUUAUGAUUAGCAAACUGGACAAGAAAGCUUUUAAAUUUAUCAUUUCUGUCAUUUUUAUGUAUGGAAGAAAUAAACUAUUCUGCUUUAACAACUACCCCCCAGAGGUGAAAACAAGAAAGAGUACCAAUAUUGAAGGACACAUAAAAACAGCGAACAAUUGGUGAACCAG